GCAGUUUUCAUCGACUUUCCACCGGUGGAGAAUUCAGUUCAGUUGAAUCCGGCCUCCGGAACUACUUCAUUUUUCUUGAUUGAAAACAUCCUGCGCUACGCUCGAAGGCGACGCGCCGCUUUGUAUAUUCUCGUCGACAGCCCUCCAAGACCUCCGAAGACACAUGACAACUGGCGUCACGGUUCUUGAUCCAGAUUUCAUGCCGGUUUCGAUGGAGGUGUGUUUCCAUGGACCAUAUGGGUAACCGCGCUCGGCAGUCCUCCCUUUGUGCAACAACUCCGUUUUCUCCGGUGGACGCGAGCACCGCGCUGACAGCCGGCGACAAACAAAGUAUUGUCCCGACGUGGGUUUCCUUUUUUCCGCUGAAAUUUCGAGCGUUCCUCUCAUGUAGUUUGCCAGGGUAUCCUGUCUGCUCCUUCCGUGCUGCUGUAUUGGUCCCGUUCCGCGUUACACAUUUGGAACGGGAGACCAGCCGCGAAGUUCGAUUGGACACUUUCGCUGUUAUUUCCCGUGAGUUCGGUUGUUGACCUCUAGAAAAAGGCACACGUCGAAUCCCUUCGUAUUCCACGUGUAUGUCUAUUGGAGUUUGGCACAGCGAUAGAACUCCCUGCGUCUGGGGACAAAGUGGCGCGCUCACCCGUGGUCUGUAUUGGGUCGUCGAGCGGGACUUGUGGAAAGGCGACAGGCCGUGUCAAGAGAAGUUGAAGAAGUUGUCCAGCGUUCCUCGCCACAUUCGUCGCUGAAGCCAGCCGAAAGAGCCGCGUGAGAAGGAUAGCUAAGGGAGAUGGAUAGAGAGUGAAAGCACUGUGUCAGAGAACCUGAGGAACCUGGAGGAGAGCGCGAAGCGACCGUUCGAGAGGCCCUGGAACCUGCAUGCGCAACUGUUUGAACAGGGUUGCCCACCUGAAAGCGAGGAAGGAGGUCUCUAAAAUUCACGAGUUGGUUUCCUCAAAAAUGGCGCUCAGUUCGUUCCCACCCUUCGCGUCCGCCGCGAUGGCAAACUCGUCCUACGAAGUCUCCGCAGGUCUUCUUUCUGACGCCUCCUUCCUCUCGACUUUAGUCGCUUCCUUCUUCGUCAUUAUCUGUUCUGAACUAGGCGAUAAGACGUUCAUGAUCACGGGGCUGCUGGCGAUGAAGGAAGGGAACGCGCUGUACGUGUUCUGCGGAUCCAUCGCAGCUUUGUGGCUGAUGACAGGACUAAGUGCAGUUGGAGGCGUUCUGCUUCCUGCGCUCCUCUCGCCGGAAAUUAUCCACUGGCUCAUGAUUGCGAUGCUCGCUGUCUUCGGAGUUAAAAUGCUCGUGGAAGGCUUUUCUGCAGACUUCGGCGACACCAGCGAAGAGCUGUCGCGACUCGAAAGGGAGCUCGCACUGAAGAAGGAGACAGACGACUCGAAUGAAAUGCGUCCGCAAGGCCCGAGCACGCAGAGCGACUCUGCCUUGUCCACACACACCGAGGGAGAAGGCCCCCAGAACCGUCACGCGCCGCCUUCUGCUGCAGACGCGAGCGACGAAGCAGCGAGUCCUUUGAAGGCUUCUUCUUCUUCGGGUCGCGUCCUCCAUCGCGACGGAAGUCAGGAAUCCGGCAGCACCUUGUGGGGCCGCACGAGCUCUGUUCUGUACGCCUCUCUUGCCUCCUUCCUCAGCCCUGUCUUUCUGCAAAGCUUCGGCCUGACCUUCGUCGCAGAGUGGGGAGACCGGUCGCAAAUCUCCACUUUCGCUCUCGCGGCAGACAGAAGCGUUGUUGGAGUCUUCCUCGGAGCUGCUCUUGGCCAUGCGCUGUGCACUGCGUUAGCGGUGCUGGGAGGAAAGGUUCUGGCGUCGCGCAUCUCCGAAAGAGUCGUCCUGCUCACGGGCGGCGUUAUGUUCGUCCUCUUCGCGAUCUUUGGCGCCGUCCUAGAUCUGUGAGUUUCUCCAUUCUUGGGGUUGUGUCCUCCCCCUCUCGCAGUUCCGGGCGCCGCGCGUUUGCUCUUUCUUUUCUCGCGCGACAUGAUGGCGACAUCUUCUCCGGCGUCAAGCGUCUCCGACUCAACGCGUUGGAGUUUCGCUCUGCUUCUGUUGAUCUUCUCUCGCCUCCGACGGCCUGUCUGCACCGGGGCUACAAGACGCUCCAUGUCGUCUCGGUAGCUGCUGCAACCUGGCAUCUCUGUCUCGGAGAAACAACUGUCGAGACAGUCCCGCGUCGCGCGCUGUCUCUGCAGUUGGUGACGGUCGUAAACUGGUGGUGGUUCCGCGUUUUUUAGAAGUUGCGUCUUGCGUUUUCCGGACACCGCCCUCACUGGCCUGCUGAAGCCAGCUGAGAAAGAGCUCGGCUUCAAUGGCACAGAGCACAUCUGCGAGUCCACCUCGGCCGUGGUUCAGGCGUUGUGUAUGAGGUUUACGGUUGCCACAAGUCCUUUCCCUCUCUUUGCGGAAGCCGUUUGUUCCUCUGCUUCUCGGAGUGCCAUCGACACAGACACUCCAGGGAGCAUGCAGGGAGAUGGCCGAGUGCGCCGAGUGCGGAGCCUCGACUUCACCGAGUGUAGUUCGCGACACCCGCGUUCCUGUCUCUGCCGUCUCGGUGAUGCCUGGGAACGUGAAAUGAAAAGGACGCAUCCCUUUCGCGGGGGUCUCCGAGAAACGUCUCAACACAAGUCGAAUUCCACGUCUCCUGGCGCCUGGACAGUGUUCCGUAGGAACUCGCGUGGUGUGCCGGGAGCGUCUGCUCCGAGAUUGUCUGUUGGUCGCGAGAUUCCGCUUCUCUCGCACUUCACACUCCGCAGGACAGUCCGGCCAAAGUCGGAUUUCAGGUCUUCUCUCCACAUUUUCUCUCGUCGCUCUCGAUCUGUGUCUCUCCGGAUGCAACUCCAGCUGUGGCCAGAGUCUCUGGAUGCAUGUCUUGUGCUCUCUGCUCGGAAUAAAGUACACCGAAAGCGUUCCGCAAACAAGCAAGCACUCCGGUUCUCGGCCGCGCUGCAGCUCUGCAAGUAAACAUUCUCGUUAAGAAGCAGAGACGCACGACGAUGUUCCUUUUACACUGAAGCUGCUGCCACGGACAGAGCUGGUUCGCGUGUUGUUAAAAGGCUUUUUCUUUUUCACUCUCUCGAGUCUCCUGAGCUGUGCGAACUUCCUUCGACAAAGGAAAAGAAAGCUAAGCAGAUAUCGACAGACUCGUCAUUAGGCCUCGGCACCUAUGGGUGCAGACUUCGAACCACAGUCAGGAGAACCUGGAAUUGCAUGAAUUCAACAC